GAGACUCCCGAAGGAACAAACCGUCCCCCCCGCGGCCGUUGGAUGGUCAGGGUUGUAAAGUCUGUCCACAUGAAACAAAAGUUGCCGGGGAACGGAUGAAAACAAACGGCAUGUCUGGCCGAGUCGUUCCAGGCUGCGCUGACACUAACAACAGCUUGGAUUUUCACUCUGGUGGUCAUUUUUUAACAAGAAAACCCAUUUUUCAGCCGGCGGGAUUUCUUUCAUGCUUUGUGACGCCUUCGGUGUAAACAUCAGGUGACGUUGAUCCUGCAGGAUGCCAACAGGAAAGAAAGGCCAGAAAAAGGCCCAAACGCUCACCCUGAGAGCGGUUCAGAACUGCGUGGACUUGACGCUGGACGGGAGACGAAGGCUGGACCUCAGUCUCAAAGGCAUCGCCGCGGUGCCAAAGUGCGUCCUGAAGCUGUCUGAUGUGAACGAGCUGGACCUGAGCAGGAACCUUCUGACAAAGAUCCCAGGUUUCAUUGAACAUUUUGAGAGCAUCACAGUGUUGGAUCUGCACAGCAAUUAUUUGGAUGAACUCCCUGUGGAAAUCGGACGCCUCCAGGCCCUGAAGGUCUUGAACCUGUGUAACAACCGUUUGACAAGCCUUCCCAGUGAGCUGGGCCUGCUGUUUGACCUGCACAUACUGAACCUGGGGCUCAACCAGCUCGACGCUCUCCCCGGCACCAUCGGAAACCUGAAGGAGCUCCGGCACCUCGGCCUCUCCGACAACCGCUUUACGUGCGUCCCCAGUUGCAUUGGGAGGCUAAAGCAGCUGGAGAGGCUCAACAUGGAAAGGAACCCUCUAACCCUGCAGGCAGCUGGCGGCAACGUGGCUGCGGCAGGACAGAGGUUUUACGUGGUCGAAGGGCGCCUCCUGUGUGACAACUGCCUGGAUAAGUGUCGAACUCAGAGGGAGAAGAUGGAAAAAAUAGAACAGUUAUGGAACGAGCAAAAGCCAGGGAUGAAGAAGUUUGGUUAACUUUAAAAACACAUUCAUGCAACACAUACAUGGUUAAUG